GUUCGUGGCCUAAUGCCUUCCGGACCUUGCUUUUUGAUCGCCCUGUUGCUGUGCUGCUUUGUAUUCAAUCUCUGCGUAGAUGGUGGUCAGAGUCCGAGAGCAUGUUGAAUUAGUGCAACCAGAGUCCUAGGCAUAAGUAUCGUCGUACUUUAUGGCUACGUACUACAUGUAUUUCCCCUUCUUUACCUGCGAGGUGAAGUGCGGUGCUGCAGCGCUCGAUAUUGCGGACCGACAGAAUGCCCACCGCAUGACACUUGCCGUGGGAGCUACCGUCGAGCUCUUUCGACUCGUUGGUCGUGAAGUGGAGCUUCACCGGAAGAUUCUCGCCUUCUCAGUCUCGCAUAACCACAGCUCAGUAAGGAUCUAUGGACACUACCCAGUCAUUAAUGGGAAGGAUACUAAGUACUACCGCCAUCCGAUACGCAAGUUAGAUUUCACAGAGCUGGAUGGAAGGGAGAAAUGGACGGCAUACAAGUUCGCCAAGGAUAUCUAUGAUAUAUGGAUGCCGAAUUAUUUCAAAUGGCUAUGUUCGGCCAUAGAUCAAAUCCCGGCAGAUCUGGAUUUCAGCGUUCCAUAACUUUCCUAGAGCUUCGGGCUUUCACAAGAUCUUAAGCGCCACCAUCUCUCAGGAUUGAGUCAGCCUGAUUCUCAAUUACAAGAGUUCAGUCAGCAUAGUAAUGAAGGCGCAAGAGACACCACCCCCAAUAUGUCCUUUCUCCG